CAACAGUGUUUGCUUUGCCGGGCUCCACCCUGUGUAAGCACGCAGCGAGCUCCGGGCAGUCACCCAGUUCCUGGUUUCCGGGUUGGGAUAUGUUCCUCCUUCCGUCCUAACGGCAGUCUGCCCAAAGAGAGUGAUUCUGUACCUCCAAGGACAGUCUCGCUGAGCCCUGCUCUGCCCCACCCGGUCCUCGCACCGCACCCUGCCGCCGCCGCUGAGGAGGAGGUGGAGGCCCUGGAGCCAGCCCAGGGCAAAGUUCAGGAGUUUCUGAGAGGCAGACUUGGAGCCUGAGCGACCUGGGAGGGAAGUGUCUGAUUGGCCAAGGUCCUAGGGCUCACUAAAGUUUCAGCACCCGGUGAUGGCCCGCCGAAGACUGGCCCUGGGCCUGGCAUUCUGCCUGCUCACUAGCACAGGUCUCUGGAUCUUGUGACAGUUCAACCAUGUUGCUAAGGAACCCUGCUCACGCUCCUAAGUCACCCCUCCUGAUGGCCUUGUGGGGGGCAUCUGCAUGUCUCCUUACUGUUUGUGUGUGUGGGACCUGGCAUCAAGGACAUAGCCGUGCCAUGAGUGAAUGCCCACAUGGACAGAAGGACAACUACACACGAAGCCCUGUGCUAGGGGAUAUGUCAGGGACUGGCUGCUGGUCUCCUACGUGCCUUAUUACCUCCCCUGCCCAGAGUUGUUCAACAUGAAACUGCGGUUCAGGCAGGAGAAGUUGUUCCAGCCCGUGACACAGUUGCAGUACCCUCAGCCUAAGCUGCUAAAACACAGACCCACAGAGCUGCUGACACUUACUCCCUGGUUGGCACCCAUCAUCUCCGAGGGAACCUUCGACCCAGAGCUUCUGCAGAAUAUGUACCGGCCAUUGAACCUGACCAUUGGAGUCACCGUGUUCGCUGUGGGAAAGUACACCUGCUUCAUCCGGUCCUUCCUGGAGUCAGCUGAAGAGUUCUUUAUGCGUGGGUACCAAGUACACUACUACCUCUUUACCCAUGACCCUUCAGCUGUUCCCAGAGUCCUGCUGGGCCCUGGUCGGCUCCUCAGCAUCAUCCCCAUCCAGGGUCACUCCCAAUGGGAGGAGAUCUCCAUGCGCCGGAUGGAGACCAUCAGCAAACACAUUGCCCAGAGGGCCCACCAAGAGGUGGAUUACCUCUUCUGUCUCGAUGUGGAUAUGGUCUUCCGCAACCCUUGGGGUCCCGAGACCUUGGGGGACCUAGUGGCUGCCAUUCACCCAGGCUAUUUUGCAGUACCUCGCCAGCAAUUCCCUUAUGAACGCAGGCAAGUUUCUGCUGCCUUUGUUGCAGACAAUGAGGGGGACUUCUAUUAUGGUGGGGCAGUCUUUGGGGGGCGGGUGGCCAAGGUGUAUGAGUUUACCAGAGGCUGCCACAUGGCCAUCCUGGCGGACAAAGCAAACGGCAUCAUGGCAGCUUGGCAGGAGGAGAGCCACCUGAACCGCCGCUUCAUCUGGCACAAGCCGUCUAAGGUGCUGUCCCCGGAGUACCUCUGGGAUGACAGGAAGCCUCGGCCCCCAAGCCUGAAGCUGAUCCGAUUCUCCACAGUGGACAAGGACACCCACUGGCUGAGGAACUGACAGUGGAGCUGAGACCCACCCCAUGCCAAGCCCAGCCCUGCCCGCCUCAGUCUCCCAGGGGAGUCCAGCCAGGAGAAUGGGUGGAGAGAAGGUGUAAACUAUGAGGGGCUGUGCACCCACCGUCAUUGAGUGUUCCGGCAUGAGCGGGUGGGCAAGAGGGAGGCCAGAGCUUCAAAAGAGACAGGGCCUGGCAGGCCUCCUCACACCCACCCGAAGAACGGAUGUGCCUUCCCAGGAGAGGCCUGGACUCCAGCCCUUUUCACAGCGCCUGGAGGCCUGCUGCCGUCACUUGUUUCUUACUGCUUUUUAAUUUCGUUUUGAUCUGCAGUGUUGGGGAUCAAACCCAGGGCCGUGCAGGUUGAAGGGAAGUGCUCUGCCCCAAGCCAUCCCCAGCUUGGCCUGCUGCCUUUCACCUGCACUCUAAUAUCCUCAUCCCAAGUACCGCGCCAUUCCCCUAGCCACGUGUGUUCUUCAUGCAGGAUCCCGGAGCUAGCUCCGAAGCAGGCCAGCCUUAGGUUCCUUCUGGCCACCUGCAUCCCAUGAUGUGCCUCACUCUCAGGGACUAGAUGUCUUCUUUGUGACACAGUUUGUGGAAGCUUUCAAUAAAGAUGGUGUGUACUAGG